GAGAGGGAGAGAGAGAAGCCAUCGCUAACUGCUUAGUUUAAGUUAGCUGCUAAUGCUAGCUGCAGAGCUAAAAUAACUAACAACUUGUGCGAUUGGCGAGAAAAGCGCUGAGAGUGCUUGUGUAGAACUAGCGAAAGUUUAAAUAUACAGCAGGUAUUACUCCACAGUAAUGUGAUAUAUAGGAAAAUCAACAGAGUUGAGAGCAGCAACAACGCUAUCAGUAGACACAGUCGGCGACCGGAAAUGAUACAAGACGCUCACCGUUGCACGUCAGCACGUUCACCUAGAGACAGCCAGAGUUAUAGUUAUGCACACCUUUCCUCCCUCAAUGAGCAUUAAUAAUGUCCCUCAACAAUAAUAAUAACGUACACCACAUUGAUAAAACAUGUAUCUAUAUUUAAAAACCUUUAACAAUGUAAUUUCAUAAAGAAUACAUUUAAUACUGUACAUUAUAUUAUAAUUUUAAAAUACAGUAAACGAUACCACAACUAUUUUUUUUAUCACAAUCAACACUUUUAGCCUGUUCUCUCAAUUCUUUCCUAUCUUCAUUAUUUCAGUACAUCAUUUUAUUAACAUUUUCCCAAAUUCAGCCACUUCAGAAUCUGUCCCAAAAAGCAUUUUCCCCAUAGACCAGCAUUACAAAAAAAAAGUCUGUAAAACUGUUGACAGGACGCCUCCAACUGCAUAUAACUAAAAUUAUGACUCUCUAUUAUGAAUUUUUGAUCCAUGAAGGUUUUAUAUUUGUAAGACUUUCCUCAAGCCUAGAAAAGCUGUUUUUAAAUUCGUAACGUCAUAAAGUCUAUGGGUCAGCGGGAGAAACUCUACUGCGCAAGUGCAGUGGGCCGCUCCCGUCCGAAGGUUGGAAACGUUUUUGGCUCAAACUUAAAGUGAGGAGGACUUCUUAUUGAGUUUUUUUCCAGAUGUUAUAAUAUAUCCAUGUGCUACACUUCUGCUAAACUUCAAACCACCGGACCUUUACCACAUCCACACAGUUCUUUUCCAGAGAAGACUGAGAGGAAUUUAUUGAUCAUCACUAAUACAAGAGCGUAAUGGUGGAGGAGAGCCAGAACCCGGAAAGCUAGACCAGCAACCCGGACUCAUCCAGCGACAUACAGAUUUUUGUCAUAUCUUUUAGAUCUCAGCAGGACAAAAGAUGGCAACGCUUAAAAAGGUCCUCUUGGAGUGUUUGGAGGAUUUGGGAUCUGAGGACUUUAAACAAUUCAAAUGGUACCUGUGUCAGCGGGGUAUCCUUGAAGGCUUCAAAGCAAUCCCAAAGUGUCGACUGGAGAAUGCAGACAGAAUGGACACAGUGGAUAAAAUGAUCAAGAGCUACUGUAUAAACACUAUUAAAGUGACCAAAAUAAUUUUGGGGAAGAUCAAUAAGAAUGAUCUAGUGGAACAUUUGUCACACACCAUCUCUGAACCUACAGAGAUUCUUGUUGAGUACCAGCGCAAACUCAAGUCUAACCUGAAGGAGAAGUUCCAGUGUGUGUUUGAGGGGAUUGCCAAAGCAGGGAACCCAACCCUUCUGAAUCAGAUCUACACAGAGCUCUACAUCACAGAGGGAGGGACUGCAGAGGUCAGUGAUGAACAUGAGGUCAGACAGAUUGAAACUGCAUUCCGGAAACCAGACAAACCAGAAACAACAAUCAGACAUGAAGACAUCCUUAAAGCCUCACCUGGAAGAAAUGAACCAAUCAGAACAGUGAUGACAAAGGGAGUGGCUGGCAUUGGGAAAACAUUCUUAACACAGAAGUUCACUCUGGACUGGGCUGAAGACAAAGCCAACCAGGACAUACAGUUCACAUUUCCAUUCACUUUCAGAGAGCUGAAUGUGCUGAAAGAGAAAAAGCACAGCUUGGUGGAACUUGUUCAUCACUUUUUUACUGAAACCGAAGAAGCUGGAAUCUGCAGAUUUGAAGACUUCCAGGUUUUGUUCAUCUUUGACGGUCUUGAUGAGUGUCGACUUCCUCUGGACUUCCACAACAAUGAGAUCUUGACUGAUGUUACAGAGUCCACUUCAGUGGAUGUGCUGCUGACAAACCUUAUCAGGGGGAAACUGCUUCCCUCUGCUCGCCUCUGGAUAACUACACGACCUGCAGCAGCCAAUCAGAUCCCUCCUUGGUACAUUGAUAUGGUGACAGAGAUCAGAGGUUUCACUAACACAAAGAAGGACGAGUACUUCAGGAAGAGAUUCAGAGAUGAGAAGCAGGCUAGCACAAUCAUUUCCCACAUCAAGACAUCACAAAGCCUCCACAUCAUGUGCCACAUCCCAGUCUUAUGCUGGAUCACUGCUACAGUUCUGGAGGAUGUGUUGAAAGGCAGAGAGGGAGGAGAGCUGCCCAAGACCAUGAUUGAGAUGUACAUCCACUUCCUGGUUCAGUCCAAACUGAAGACCGUCAAGUAUGAUGGAGGAGCUGAGACAGAUCCAUACUGGAGUCCAGAGAGCAGGAAGAUGAUUGAGUCUCUGGGAAAACUGGCUUUUGAGCAGCUGCAGGAAGGCAACCUAAUUUUCUAUGAAUCAGACCUGAUUAAGUGUGGCAUCAGUGCCAGAGCAGCUAUAGUGUACUCACAGAUAUUUAAAGAGGAGAGAGGGCUGUUCCAGAACAAGGUGUUCAGCUUUAUCCAUCUUAGCAUUCAGGAGUUUCUGUCUGCUCUUCAUGUCCAUCUCACAUUCAUCAACUCUGGAGUCAAUCUGCUAUCAGAAGAACAGACAAUGUCCCAGUCAUCUAAAGUAACUCAUCUCUACCAGAGUGCUGUGGACAAGGCUUUACAGAGUCCCAAUGGACACCUGGACUUGUUCCUGCGCUUCCUCCUGGGUCUUUCACUGCAGACCAAUCAGACUCUCAUACAAGGUCUGCUGACAGGAAGUAGCUCACAGUCCAAUCAGGAAAUAGUUGAAUACAUGAUGAGUAAGAUUCUCAAUGAGAAUCUGUCUGCAGAGAGAAGCAUCAGUCUGUUACACUGUCUGUCUGAACUGAAUGGUCGGUCUCUUGUGGAGGAGAUCCAAUACUACCUGAGGUCUAAAAGUCUCCGCAGAAUGAAACUGUCUCCUGCUCAUUGGUCAGCUCUGGUCUCCAUCUUACUGUCAUCAGAAAAAGAUCUGGAUCUGUUUGACUUGAAGAAAUACUCCACUUCAGAUAAUACUCUUCUGAGGCUGUUGCCAGUGGUCAAAGCUUCAAAGAAAGCUCUGCUUAGUGGCUGUAACCUCUCAAAGGGAAGCUGUGAAGCUCUGUCCUCAGUUCUCAGCUCCGAGUCCUCCAGUCUGAAAGAGCUGGAUCUUAGUAACAACAACCUGCAGGAUUCAAGAGUGAAGCUGUUGUCUGCUGGACUGGAGAGUCCACACUGUACACUGGAAACUCUCAGGUUUACUGGCUGUAACCUUUCAGAGACAAGCUGUGAAGCUCUGUCCUCAGUUCUCAGCUCCCAGUCAUCUAGUCUGAGAGGGCUGGAUUUGAGUAACAACAACCUUCAGGAUUCAAGAGUGAAGCUGUUGUCUGCUGGACUGGAGAGUCCACACUGUACACUGGAAACUCUCAGGCUGAGUGUCUGCAACCUCUCAGAGAGAAGCUGUGCAGUUCUGUCCUUAGUUCUCAGGUCCAAGUCCUCUAGUCUGAGAGAGCUAGACCUGAGUAACAAUGACUUGCAGGAUUCAGGAGUGAAGGUGCUGUGUGCUGGACUGGAGAGUACAGACUGUACACUGGAAACUCUCAGUCUGUCAGGAUGUCUGAUCACAGAGAAAGGCUGUGUUUCUCUGGCCUCAGCUCUGAGCUCCAACCCCUCCCAUCUGAGAGUGCUGGAUCUGAGCUACAAUAAUCCAGGAGACUUAGGUGAGAAGCUGCUAUCUGCUGGACUGGAGGAUCCUAAAUGGAGACUGGACACUCUCAGCGUGGACCAUGGUGGAGAGCAAAGGUUAAAACCUGGUCUGAAGAAGUAUUUCUGUGAACUCACACUGGACACAAACACAGUAAACAGAAAACUCAAACUGUCUGACAACAACAGGAAGGUGACAUGUGUGGAGGAGGAUCAGUCAUAUCCUGAUCAUCCAGACAGAUUUGACUUCUGGGGUCAUUCGCUGUGUAGAGAAGGUCUGACUGGUCGCUGUUACUGGGAGGUGGAGUGGAGAGGAGAUGUCGAUAUAUCAGUGACUUACAGAGGAAUCAGCAGGACAACACGCAAUACUAACUGCAUGUUUGGAAGAAAUGAUCAGUCCUGGAAUCUGAGCUGCUUCAAUAAUGGUUACGAUGUCUGGCACAAAAGCAGAAGAACAAACAUCUGCUCCUCCUUCUCCUCUGUGUCUAACAGAGUAGCAGUGUAUGUGGACUGUCCUGCUGGCACUCUGUCCUUCUACAGAGUCUCCUCUGACACACUGAUCCACCUCCACACCUUUAACACCACAUUCACUGAACCUCUGUAUCCUGGGUUUGGGUUCUCGUUUUACUCCUCAGUGUCUCUGUGUCCCCUGUCUGAGGGAGAGUCUCCUCCUGUGUAGACAAACAGUCACAAUGCUGACUGAAGACAGCUGCUGAAAUCACUGUUCACUCUGUUCACCAGUGAACAAUAGAAUCUGGGAGUGACAGCAGCUUCCUGUAUUUAAAUGUUAAAGGUGGACGAGGUUUCACUCUGGUUUCAUUUGGAUCACUGACUGUGCUUUAAUGUCAGAAUAUUGUUUCUAUUAGCAGUAGUGAAAUUAUCUCCUCUGGGCUGAAUUCAUGUGUAAAUGUGUUGUGUAAAUUUAUGUGUUGACUCUUAUAUUCACUUCAGUAAAGUUUUCUUGGAGCAGCAUCUAGUAGCUGUUAGUGGCUGUAGUGUAGAUCAUUUAGUCAUUUAGUUCAAUAAAAGUUUAGAGACCAAAAACAGAGUCAGAGAGCAUGUUUCCCACAAAUAUAUUUGUUUCACCCUACGUGUUUUUACAAAUGUAAAUUUAUUUCAGUUUGAAAAAUACAAUAUGUUAAAACUGUGUUAGAGAGGUCUAACCCUGCUCUUAUGAACAAACUGUUAUAAAAAUCCAAUAACAGAAAUUCUGGCAGAAUUAUUGUGGAUUUUAGAGGUGUACUUAUGUGAAAAAAGUCCUGUAAGCAGCGAUCACAGAUACAGAGUAGAUGAUUGUAUUUAAGCAGGUUUUAUAGCCGAUGACCCCAAACAGAAUGAAUGAGUCAUUUUACUUCUGAAACAUGUCAUCAGUUCGACACAUAAGACAUUUGUGACUUUUCUGAAUCAUCCUGAUGUCUUUAUGUUCUGUACAAUCCCCUUAACCUCAGGGUCAAACAUGACCCACCCUCACCACAUCUGACGAAAAUGCUUCAUUAAACUUUUAACCAGAAAUCAGUCUAGCACAAAGAAGUAAAAAUAAAUUGGUAAAUAACUGUGUUUUCAUACUUUACUGUUCAGAGAGGCAUCAUUAUGUAUUCAAUGUACCCUUCUUGUUUUUACUACAAAUCACAUGAUAAAAGAUUUUUACUAUAAUUGUUGUGUGAGAGCUGUGUAUAAUACUACUACUUGAUAAAUAAAAUAUAUCAUGGCUUCUCUGUGAGGACUGUGUUUGUUUUGUUACUUUG